GUUUCAACAAAAUACAAAAUUCAUUUUCCACCAUGAGAUUACUGACGCACAAUACGCUGCGCAACAACACGGCCGAUGCCAAGGGAAAGGGAUUUCCACUCAAGAUUACUGCCACUGAAAUUCGCGUCGAAGAAACGGCGCCCACAAUGGAGGUGGAUCGGCAAGUAGCCUUUUGUAAGAACAUGCUGUCGCGAUUGGAUUGGCCUGCAUUGGUACAAGCCAGUCGGGACAUGGGCAUUCCCACCUUGCCUCCCGUCUUGACGGACGAAAUGGCCCACGACACGGCAUUUCUACAAGCUCUCUACAAGAUUCUCAUGCAGGUGCAUUUGGAACAAGGCAUGUUGACGUGUCCCGUCACGGGACGAGAAUUUCCCGUUACCAACGGCAUUCCCAACAUGUUGCUGGAAGAAGAAGAAUGUGAACAUGUGAAGUUGUGAAUUUGAUUUGAACAACAACGAAAGAGAAGCAAACAAUCUAAAGGAGCCACAAGAAUGGGAAGUUGCAUUGAACCAAAGCAAAUUUUGAAUAUUACUACGCAAGAAGCACACGAAUGUUGACAAUUAGCAGCAAUAGCCAAAACUAGACUGCUUUAGCAAGAAAAAGACAGCAAGCGACAAACAAUGGAGUUUUCCUUGACAGCAAGAGAUGGCGACAAGGCAAAAAUCAGGAGCAUUCAAUGUCUAUUUGAAUUUUGGUACACAGCAAACUCGAGCCCUAGAAAAUUUGGCGUGUUCCGAAGCUGCCAAAAGCUACAGAAAAAAAUCCCAACCGCCUCAAAGAAACAUAAUAACAAGUCAAUGCCCCUUAUAAUUCAAUGAGUGUGACUUUU